AUGAUGAAGGAAAACUGUCCCAUUGUCAAGUGUUCGUUGAAAACAGCAAUAACAAAAGAUUCGUUAGCAAUGGAUUUCCUAGUUGCGAAUGUGGAAAAUAUGAUAUUCAAAAUAGAAAAAGAUUUAAACGAGCAGUAUGGAGCAUUGCCGCUACCUUUUCCGGGCAUGGAUAAAUCAACGGCAGCCGUCUGUUUAUUCUUUAAUGGAAUAGACGGUAUAGAAUGCGAUAAAGGAGCUGGCUGCCCAUUUCGUCAUAUUCGCGGAGAUAGGACGAUCGUAUGUAAACAUUGGUUGCGAGGUCUGUGCAAGAAAGGCGACCAAUGCGAGUUUUUACAUGAAUAUGACAUGACAAAAAUGCCUGAGUGUUAUUUUUACUCAAGAUUCAAUGCGUGUCAUAAUAAGGAAUGUCCCUUCCUGCACAUUGAUCCGGAAAGCAAAAUAAAGGAUUGUCCUUGGUAUGAUCGCGGUUUCUGCCGCCAUGGACCAAACUGUAGGCACCGACACGUUCGAAGGGUGCUUUGCAAUUAUUAUGUAGCUGGUUUUUGUCCGGAUGGACCAACGUGCAAAUUUAUGCAUCCUAGAUUUGAGCUACCUCCGCCACCUGAAAUUAAAGAUCAAUUAUCUAAACGACCACCAACAUGUCAUUACUGUGGUGAGCUGGGUCACAAAGCAUGCUAUUGUCCAAAAAUGCCACAAGAGCAACGCGAAGCGACUCUGCGAAUAGAAGAAGCAAGAUAUCGAACUCUAGGUUAUUUCAAACAUCGUUCGAAUCAGGAAAACCCGAAUCAGAAUUCAGAAGAAGCGAAUCCUUUGCCACAAAAGCCACCCCCACGACCGUUAGAAGAAAUUACGUGCUUCAAGUGUGGUAACAAAGGACAUUACGCUAACAAAUGUACCAAAGGACACCUCGCAUUUUUGUCCAAUAACGCAGUUCGCAAAUAAUAUUUUUUUCCUUACAAAAAACAAUUUGACUUGCAUUUUUCUAUAUCACAUACUUCAUUGUGAAAGUUUGUUUAAGCUUUUCGGUACGAAUGAACAUUGUGUCGUAGAUUUUUGCAUGAAAAUAGUAAAAGCCUAUAACCAAGAAAAACUAGCUCAGCAAAGGUAAUUUUUAGUAUGCGUUCCGAGCAACAAUACGAGGUAGAUAUUUGAGCAUUUGACCCAUUCCAUGAGGUUAUGCACCAGAGAACCAAAUUUAAAAUCUAGUUUCAGGAGAAAAUUUAAAACUUUAUUUGAAUAAUCACUAGUUAUAUCAAAAAUUAUUUUAAACGAAUAAGCACCAACCCUCGAGAGAGGCCAGUUUAAAAAAAACUACAUAAUUAUAUUCAAAAUAUUUUUUUUUUAGGUUUUCACUAUUUUUAUGUUUCUUAAGAUAUCUCUGCACUUGCUUCGCCAAA